UUAGGGGUGAGUAUAAAUUGGGGUACAAUUUUACAUGAUGCAUAGGGGCAGAAUCGUGUAGCGUUCAAUGGUGUUCACGUGAAUCCUUUUGAGACUUUUCAAGAAAAAAAUUAAAAUGUCCACCUUGAGUCAUCCAUUCAUGAAUCCCAAAUAGUCGAUUGUCCUUUUCAUCCUCCAAAGACCAGAGUCAAGACCUCCAGGCCACAGCCACGAUCCAGACAGCCAGAGUGCCAGAACUCCAGGCUCCAGCCUUCCUUGCUUCACACGGUCGGCUGCCGCAGUACCGCUGCGCAGGUUGGUAUUGUUUUUAUGCUUUUGUAAUGAGUUUUUCUGAUUUGGUUUUCUGUAAGUAUCAGUUGUGAAUUGUAUGUGUAUUUUGAGUUUUGACUUUCGGAAGAAAUGUGAUAAAGAUAUACGGAGUAAUGGAAGACUGGGAGUAUUGAUUAUUGAUAUGCCCAGUUGCCCACUUGCUGAGUAAUGGGAGUAAUAUGAUAAAGAAAUAUGGAGUUUUUCUGAAUUGAUAUACUAAAAAGUAAAAAUAAGUGAGCCGGCUCUUUGCCUAUAGACAGUAGUCAGUUGGCAUGGAUCCAUAAGACAGGAAUCAGACCACUAUUGAAUUGGAUGUAUUGUGAAACUGAUUUAGUAUUCAUAUUCCGAUAGUAUGCUUUUGUGGUGAAUUAAUUUAUAUCAAUACGAAUGAUUUAUUGAGGAAAAUGCCUUAUAUUUUAUGUAAUUAUUAAUGAAUAAGAGUACUAUUUAUUUUACCUGGUAGGGAAAAUCUAAUGUUUUACUUUUUAAUGUAGCAGUUUUUAGAUUGAUAAAAAUUCAAUUGUUGAAUUAUAGCAUUAGAUAUGGUUACAUAGAAGGUUUAAAAGUUUACAUAUGAACCCCACACCAUCUGUGUAAAGACUAAGAACAUUAAGAAACCUUUGAAUCAUAGACGGUUUAAGAACUAUGAAUGAAUCUGGGAUAAAAAAAAUUCUCACACUAAGAUUGCAUUGAAAUAACGCAUAAGCCUAAUCUUUGGAAUUACAGAAGCACUGCUAAUUAAAGAUCCUUGGUCCUAGGAGGAAAACUAAGGUUGAACAUACUAUUACUUCUAUUUUUUUUUACCUUGGCAGGCUAAACAAUUAACUAUUGCUUCUAUUUCAGAUUUUCAGGUGAACUAUUAUUGGUGCUUUUGUUAGUUCAUGCCAAUAGCAGCAUCUAUUAGACUAUUACUUUCCUUUCUAGGAAGAUAAUUAAAAAUCCUCACUCCUAGAAAGACAAUUAAGGUUGAACAAAAGCAUCUCAAUUAGACUGCUUCAGUUUCUGGAUUCAUUGAAACCUUUUAGGAAUUUAGGUUGAAACUCAAAGAAGUAUAUAAUACAUGCCAUUAGUACCAUCUAUUACUAAAAGAUCCUCAAUCCUAGAAAGACAAUUACGGUUUAGAACAUAGAAUUCUUUAUUUAACUAAAAGAAUAUUUUUUUUACAUUCUUUUACCUAAUAUUUUGGUUCAAUUCCAGCAGUGAUAAUUGAUAAAUAAACACAAGCCAUUUGAAAUAAAAUUUAAGACCAACAUUUGCCCGUUCAAGAGUUAAUUAUAUUAGUCAUCUAGUUGUAACAAAUUUAGCCCAUCCAUCUCUGGAUCCAGAACAUAAAUUAAGAGCAUUAGUCUGAUUACAUAGAAGGUUUAAAAAUUUACAUAUGAAUUGUACACCAUCACCGUAAAGUUUAAGAACAUUAAGAAACCUUUGAAUUAUUUCAAAUAAAUGAUAUGGACUCCCAGAACUGUUUAAUAAUCAGACUUGAAACUCAACAUAGAGACUCAUGAAUUGGUUAGACUUUAAGGUUUGAUUUUCACAAAUUUGAGAAGAACAAUUACAAUGUAUAAUAAGAAACCACUUUUUUCAUUUUUGGAAAACUCUUCUAACCUAUUAUAGUAUAUGUUAAAUGAUAGUCUCAACAUCCUUGAUUGUAAUGAGACCCGAAUCUGUGGCCCUCCACUUUGAGAGGAGAAAAUAACUUUGACCAAGAGUAAAGAAGUUGCAGCCUUCCAAAAAGUAUAAAAGAACUAUUAAAAAAAUACAUAUUAGGAAUAUCACCAAAUAAAAUUGAAGCGACAAUAUCACCAAAACGAAAAAGGGCUAGUGAGCUACUGCUCUUAAAGGGCUUAAAGGAACAUGAGAAAAUUGGUAAUGAGGUCCUUCUAUAUUAACUGUAAUGGGUAUAACGGUUUUUUUUCACUUAACAAAUUCGUCAUCAAUCCGUGGUUGGGCCGUGGGCUGGUGUCGCUAAAGCUUGUGUUUUUUGGGUUGGUUUCGGCUACAGAAGGAUUCAAAUCUCUUCUCUGGUCUAAGGUGUGUGAUUUUGGGCAGGAGGCAAAAUUACCUAUCAGCCCAGCUGUUCUAAUAAUUAGGUGAUACUAUGGGCGAGAAAAGCUUUCUCACUCAUGUACUGCUUUUAGGUAUAAAAAUAUAAAGAUAAAGAUCACAUUUACUCAUUUCAAAGUAGAUGUUCUUAUUUAUUACCUCCGACCCAAAGUAUUUAGUCAUCUUUAAAACUUUGACCAACUAUAUAUUUUUAUUGGAAAUUAUUUAUUAUAAAAAAAUGAUAUGAAAAUGUUAUUGGUUGAAACUAGUUUCAUAAAAGUAUAAAAUUUAUUUUUUCAAUAAUAUUAUACUAAUUAAAAUCAUGGUCCAAAUUUCCCCUCUAAUAUCAAAAUAUUUGUAGUUACAGAAACCCCUGACCACGCUGUCACGCAGCCACCGGACUUGCGCUGUCACGCAACCACUGAUAGGAACCCUCUUAUAUUAGACUAAUAAUAGAAGUAUUAAUAAGAAUAUUAGUAAUAAGGGUACUUGAGGUACUGCAUAGUAUAAAUAGACGGGAAGGGGGAUUUAGAAAGGAGGCUUUUGGACAUUUUGUCUGGGACUGGGUAGAUCUGAGACUAGUCGUUUCUAUCUUUGGGGGGCUUCGGCCUUGGUUGCUGUUUGUGUUCAUCUUCUUCAAUAAAAAUUUCCAUUGUUUCUUGAUAUUACUUUUCUGAAAUCUUUGAAUAAUUGGAGGUCUCUAUCAUUGGUAUCAGAGCACGUUAUUCCUGGAGACCCGAGAAUCUGAAUCAUGAAGGAAUUUUUGACACCGAAAAUGGAAGAUAGUUGCAAUAAUAUAGACCGACUGAUGAGGAAAUCAAAUAUGAAGUAUGAUGAUUUGCUAACGAUGAUGACAGCAAUGCAGGCUGGCAUCGUGGAUCUUCAGAACAGAAAUUCCGGUCGUUCGAAGAACAGGUCGCACACUUCAGAUACAUCGCAUCAUUCUUCGCAUCAUAGACACACAAGAGAUUCCGUUAUAACAAAGGGAUCAGAAAGUAAUUCCAAGUAUUUACCUUCGCAUCAAGAACAAAAGCUUCGCAAGGAGCCUGGAGAUUGAUCGAGCAACACCCGACAUCAUCGUCUAUUUGACAAACAGAGUUCGUCGCAAUCGCUUGCCAAGUCACAGAAGGAAUCGUAGGAGUCGCGGAAGUCGCAGAGGGAGUCGCAGAAAGGAGUCGCACGGAAAAUUGGGAAAACUCGCGGACAAGAGGGAGCGCGGAAAACUGGAGAAGGAGAAAGAGAAGAGUUCUAAACCAGAGAAAGAGAAAUGCUCAAGCCUGGAGAAGGAGAAGUGUACGAAGAGCAAACAAAGUCGCCGGCGAGGAAGAUCGAGGACGGUACGUCGCUGCGUGAAUUCGAAAAGCAAAGAUCCGUCUCAGUCGCAAGAUACUCCUUUCGGUCUUCUGGCUUCGACUCGAGCAGAAGUCCCUAGUUCGCAGGUUUAUUCAAUCGCAGGAUUUCACAUCUCAUCCUCCCUUAUACCUUCAGUCAAGAAAACAUAACCUGGAGAGGAGGUUAAUCAACGUAAGAGAGGUUCAGAAAUACUUAAACCAGAUAUACUUACUUAUGAUUAUAUGAACUAUGCUAAGGUUCUGAAUUUGAAACCCUUGAUUGAAUUCGUUUCGGAACUUGGAUUGGUUGUUACAAUGAAAGGGUUGAACAAGAUCGAUGGUUUCCUAGUUGAUUGUGUUACCUCUAUUAAGAACAUUCAAGAUAGAUUGGGAAUAGGAAUUACUGUAAAUUGGAAGGGUUACACUAACAAAUUCCUGGUGUCUGACCAUGAAAUCAACCCUGCUACGUUACAUAUGGACUUGAUAAGUGGUGAACAUGUAAGGAUAAUGCCAUCCAUUUCUAUAUUGCUUCAAGAAGGAGGUAUAGGAUUGGACUAUCGGUUUGAUGAUUCUGUUGUGGCAAAUUCUUAUUCUGUGGUAAGAAGCCCAUCUGCUAGGUCCAUUGUACUCAUAAGUGGCAUUUACAGGGACUUUGUCAACUCUUAUCUGGAUUUUUCCAUCUUCCUGCAUCAGCAUCAAGGAUUGAAUGAUUUUAGUUCUUUAGAUAUGUUGAUCAUUGGGAGAAAGGGUGUUCUUGAAGUUCAUUCAAGCAUCUGGGUGUUAGAAUCUGGUGAAUCUGGUGUUGAGAACAUGAAUUAGUAUUCAGUGAUCAUCUAUCAGGACCUACUGGGGUCAGCUACACUUUUUGAAGACGACUUGAUAAAAUUUUUCACUCAUGAUGUCUUGAGACUGAAUCCAAUUGUUUCUUCUUAUGGCUUGAGCUCUUGGUCAUGUUUUCGUAAAGGGAAUUAUACAUCUCAUAACUCAGGAGGGUGGCAUGAUGAGAAAGCAUACUACGUUAAAGGAUACUGCUCUGUGUUAAGUGGCAGUGAUCAAGACAUCUCAAGAAUUUCAAUAACACUGAUCUGGAAAGAAACAGAGGGGUCUUACCAAUCUGGGUUUUGGCUGAUUAUUCCUCAGAAAAUAUGGGUUUGAUAAAUCCAUUAACUCACUUGGGUAUUGCAAAACCAGUGGUUCUUGUGAAUGAGGUUCAUCCUUUUUCUUGGGAAUCAUAUAACAUCAUUCAAAUUGGAGUAAUGAUUUCACAUGGAGGUCCUCUAAAUUGGAUGGAGGGUGUGAGCAGAGAAAGACUUGCUAUUGUCGAUAAAGGGACUGAAUCAGCAGUGCCUAAUCAGAAAUUGAUUGCUGAGAAGCGCUCUUUCACUAUGUUUCUAGCAGUUUUGAAACCCAAGAUUGUAGGGGGACUUUCUGCUCAUUAUAAUUCAAGGGAUCAUCAAGACUAUUUCCCAAUUGUUUUCUUUGUUCUUUGGAAUCUGAAUGGAAAGGAUCCAAGUACCAUUGACUCCCCUACCAACUUAUGGGUUGGCUUAUUAACAGGAAAACUCAGAAUUACAGAUUCCUUAAAGGAGAAGUCCGUGGGAAAUUUUGUAGAGCAAUAUACUGGAACCAAAGAAAAGCUGAAAUUGGAACCAGAAUUGAAAAUGGCCAUGUCUUUUCCUGGUGAAGAAUCUGCCUACCUACAAGAAACUCAACUUUGGAAGUUUUACAUGGGAGAUAAGCUUUCCUGUUCCUUGGUUAUGAAAACUGCAGCUGGAAGCAUGCAUCUCAGUACUUGCAUGCUAAAAACUUUAAGGUUUCCCUUCUCAAAUGAGGUAGUCAAAGAAUUGAAAGAGGGAGAAGCUGAAAGGGACUGUUGGAUAGUGACUGAGCCGAAUGAAACUUCACUUCAAAUCUCUGCUAUUGCUGAAAGUUCUGUGAUCUUAAAAGAUCUCGUACUGAAGUCCCUAGUCCAUCAACCAGUUAGAUAUUGGGAAGGAAGAGGAACAAGGAAGAGGAAGAGGAAGCAGGAGAUUGUGGUUGUGUCAUAUAACCCACCUUGAGGGCAAGGUGGAUGUUUAGGGGGGAGUAUUGAUAGGAACCCUCUUAUAUUACUAAUAAUAGAAGUAUUAAUAAGAAUAUUAGUAAUAAGGGUACUUGAUGUAUUGCAUAGUAUAAAUAGACGGGAAGGGGGAUUUAGACGGGAACUCGGGAAGUGGAAGAUCUGAGACUAGCCGUCUCUAUCUUUGGGGGGCUUCGGCCUUGGUUGCUGUUUGUGUUCAUCUUCUUCAAUAAAAAUUUCCAUUGUUUCUUGAUAUUACUUUUCUGAAAUCUCUGAAUAUUUGGAGGUCUCUAUCAGCCACCGGACUCACGCUGUAACACAGCCGCACGACUCAUGCCCGCUAGUUUUGAAGGUUGUUCCCGAUCUUUGAUUAUAAUAAAUGAAUUGGGAGAAGGGAAGGAAGCGGAGGUGAGAUGCACCCAGUUCGUCUCUUACGCUAUGCCAGUCUUACUAGAUCAGCACCACGCGCCGCCCUGUCCUCUUCAACCUCCUCCUCCUCCCCUAAUCGUCAAGAGAAGCUCUCCGUCGGGCCAGUGGCUCGAAUCCAUAAACUGAUUGCAUCACAGUCGGACCCCCUGCUGCUUGCCAAAGAAAUAUGUGAAUUGGCAUCACGCCACCCUGAUGACUUCCACCACUCUUAUGCUUCAUUCCACUCCCUCAUCUUCAAACUCGGCCCUUCUCGAAAUGCUGCCGGACUUCCUGAAAUCGCCCUCAAAACCUUUUACACGAUCUUGGAGUUCAACUUGAAACCUCGUCCGCAACACCUAAACCAAAUCCUCCACAUCCUCGUUGCCCACCCUUGUUAUAUUCGUCCCGCAUUUGACCUCUUUAAAUCUGCUCACCAGUAUGGGGUCUUGCCCAACACGACAUCUUAUAACAUCCUCAUGAGAGCCUUCUGCUUCAAUGACGAUUUAAGCAUUGCCUGCUCACUGUUCGGUAAAAUGCUCACGAGGGACGUUUUGCCUGACGUUGAGUCAUACCGAAUCCUGAUCCAAGGGUUGUGCAGGAAGAGCCAAGUGAACAGAGCCGUUGCUUUGCUGGAGGAUAUGCUCAACAAAGGGUUCAGUCCCGAUGCUUUUAUUUACACCACCUUGUUGAACAGUUUGUGUCGAAAGAAACAGCUCAGAGAGGCUUUCAAGUUACUCUGCAGAAUGAAGGUGAGAGGCUGCAACCCCGACCUGGUUCAUUAUAACACUGUCAUUUUGGGUUUCUGUCGACAAGAUCGUGCCCUUGAUGCUUGCAAGGUACUCGAGCAAAUGGCUGCAAAUGGAUGCCUACCCAAUUUGGUGUCUUAUAGAAUCUUGGUUCAAGGGUUAUGCAAUCAAGGAAUGUACGAUGAGGCUAAAGUUUAUGUAGAGGAGAUGGUUUCAAAAGGAUUUCUUCUGCACUUUUCGGUGGUGCAUACAUUGGUAAUGGGAUUUGUUAGCCUUGGUAAGAUUGAAGAAGCAUGCGAGGCGGUGGAGGUGGUGUUGAAACACCGAAACACUCUGCAUAUUGAUACGUGGGAUGGAAUCAUAGGUCAGAUUUGUGAGGAGGAUCCUCUAGGUUUGGGAGAUUUAUUAAAAGAAAUUAGUAAGGUAGAGAUAAAGCCGGACUCAAGAAUAGUGGAUAUAGGUGCUGGUUUUGGAGAUUUUAUAAUCAAUAAAAUUAAAGGCAGUACAAGAGUGGUUUGAUUCCCUCUUUACACAACCAUUCCCUCUUAUCACGUUUCCUACUGCCGGAACCAUGGAAAGACAUUCAAAAAGCCAUGUCACCCAUAUGAGAAGGAGCGUUUGGAUUCUGAGUUGAAGCUUGUGGGUGAGUAUGGUCUCAGGUGCAAGCGGGAGCUGUGGAGAGUCCAGUAUGCUUUGAAAAUUGAGCAGUAUCAGGAAUAAUGCACGGAAGUUUCUUACCCUUGAUGAGGACCCAAAGCGUAUUUUUCAGGGUGAUGCACUUCUGAAGAGGAUGAAUCAGUAUGGUUUGUUGGAUGAGAGCCAAAACAAGCUUCAUUAUGUGCUUUCCCUCACUGUUGAGAAUUUCCUUGAGCACCGUCUACAGACUUUGGUUUUCAAGGCUGCCAUGGCCAAGUCAAUCCAUCAUACAAGAGUUGUCAUUAGGCAGAAGCACAUCCGAGUUGGAAGGCAGGUGGUCAAUGUUCCAUCCUUUAUGGUCAGGGUGGACUCAUAGAAACACAUUGGUUUCUCACUGUCUAGUCCCUUUGGUGGUGGUUGUCCAGGAAGAGAGAACAGAAAGAACCAGAAGGCAACUGCGAAUAAGAUGAGGAAUGAACAUUUCUUAAAUGAAUCUAGAAGCAUAGGUUUAUGUGCUUGGUUUUUCUUUUCUGUUGUUUACCUCAUUUCGAAUGUUACCUGCCACCUUUGAUACCAUUUUCUUAAAAUGAUUUUGAAUACUAUGUGUUUUGUUUUGUAGUAUUUAUAUUUAAUUUUCCUGUUGAAUAAAAAAAGUGAUGGCCAUACGCUGAAGCAAGGGCGGAUUACAGGCUUAUUUUCAUCUGUGCAGCUUUAAAAAUUGAAUCAGAAAAAUCCUCACUCAUUGUUAC